AUGCGUCAACAAUCAACGCCGCCGUUACUCCGCUUGCCCCCUAAGAUCCGCAAAAGGAUUUAUUUCUUUGAUCUACCGCGGGAGAUACGUCUUGAGAUUCUUCGGUACACAAUUACGGGCCCUAGUAACGACUCUAUCCCAGAUGCGCGCACGAUCCGAGUUCUUAAUGGGAAGUUCGACAAUCGAUAUCCCUUGACCGACUUCCAUCCCCUGGAGUUAUUUCUUAUCAGCCGGCAGAUGUAUUUGGAUGCCUCUGAGAUAUUCUAUUCGGAAUUUCAAUUCCAUUUUCAAGGCCAUUUUUCAAAGACCUUGUCGGUGCUUGACAAAAUGCCAGUUCAGUUACUGAAGCGACUAAGGCGCAUCACCUUUGACCUAGAUGCCCAAAAGAUCCUUCUAUGGGAGCAGCCACCUGUCCAUGCCCGAUCUCAAUGGCGAGAGCUCAUAUCCUUCCUUGGCAAAUAUUGCAACCCCUCUAACAUGCUGAUAUCAAUAACUGCGAGGGAUUGUGGAGCGAGUGCCAUGAGGUUAAGCGAGGAGGACAGGAAAGACAUCAGGCGACACGACUACAACGCUUACGUCGAUAUCGUGCGUACCGUCAAAGAAUUGCUCCCCGACCUCCGAGAUUUCCACCUAUCUUUCAGUAUUUUCUGGAAGUUGGAAACCGUCUUGGAGAAAUUUGUCAUGGGACCAGAUUACGAUAGUUCGCAUGGCAAUCGCUAUCCCAAGCCCAGAAACACAAAAUGGGAGAAUUCAAUUGCGCCCAAGUACCUCACAGAGAUCCCUGCCUGGCACACAGACGUGCAAGAGUUGUAG